AUGGGCUUCUGCCUGGCUCUGGCAUGGACACUCCUGGUUGGGUCAUGGACAUCCAUGGGAGCUCAGAACCCCAUUUCCUGGGAGGUACAGCGAUUUGAUGGGUGGUACAACAACCUCAUGGAGCACAGAUGGGGCAGCAAAGGCUCUCGGCUGCAGCGCCUGGUCCCGGCCAGCUACGCGGAUGGUGUGUACCAGCCCUUGAGAGAACCCCACCUGCCCAACCCGAGAAACCUUAGCAACACUGCCAUGAGGGGCCCUGCAGGGCAGGCCUCCCUGCGAAACCGAACAGUGCUAGGAGUCUUCUUCGGCUACCACGUGCUCUCGGACCUGGUGAGCGUGGAGACCCCCGGCUGCCCAGCCGAGUUCCUCAACAUCCACAUCCCGCCCGGGGACCCAGUGUUCGAUCCCGACCGGCGCGGGGACGUGGUCCUCCCCUUCCAGAGGAGCCGCUGGGACCCCGAGACCGGACAGAGCCCCAGUAAUCCCCGGGACCUGACCAACGAGGUGACGGGCUGGCUGGACGGCAGCGCCAUCUAUGGCUCCUCGCACUCGUGGAGCGACGCGCUGAGGAGCUUCUCCGGGGGGCAGCUGGCGUCGGGGCCCGACCCCGCCUUCCCCCGGAACGCGCAAAGCCCCCUGCUCAUGUGGACGGCGCCCGACCCCGCCACCGGACAGCGAGGGCCCCGGGGGCUGUACGCCUUCGGGGCGGAGCGAGGGAACCGCGACCCGUUCCUGCAGGCGCUGGGCCUGCUGUGGUUCCGCUACCACAACCUGUGCGCGCAGCGGCUGGCCCGCGAGCACCCGCAAUGGGGGGAAGAGGAGCUGUUCCAGCACGCGCGCAAGAGGGUCAUCGCCACCUACCAGAACAUCGUUUUGUAUGAGUGGCUGCCCAGCUUCCUGCAGAAAACACCCCCGAAGUAUGCAGGAUACAACCCUUUCCUGGACCCCAGCAUCUCCCCAGAGUUCCUGGUGGCCUCUGAGCAGUUCUUCUCCACCAUGGUGCCUCCUGGGGUCUACAUGAGAAAUGCCAGUUGUCACUUCCAGGAGGUCAUCAGUAGGAACUCAAGUACCUCCAGAGCUCUCCGGGUCUGCAAUAGCUACUGGAGCCGAAAGCAUCCAAACCUACAAAGAGCUGAAGAUGUGGACGCGCUACUGCUGGGCAUGGCCUCCCAGAUCGCUGAGCGAGAGGACCAUGUCGUGGUUGAGGAUGUACUAGAUUUCUGGCCUGGGCCCCUGAAGUUCUCUCGUACAGACCACCUGGCUGGCUGCCUGCAAAGGGGCCGGGAUCUGGGCUUGCCCUCUUAUACCAAGGCCAGGGCAGCCCUGGGUCUUCCUCCCAUUACCAGAUGGCAGGACAUCAACCCUGCACUCUCCCAGAGCAACCAUACCCUGCUGGAGGCCACAGCUGCCCUGUACAACCAGGACCUGUCCCAGCUGGAGCUGCUCCCCGGGGGGCUCCUGGAGAGCCAUGGGGACCCCGGGCCCCUCUUCAGCACCAUCGUCCUUAACCAGUUUGUGAGGCUGCGGGAUGGCGACCGCUACUGGUUUGAGAACACCAGGAAUGGGCUGUUCUCUGAGGAAGAAAUUGCAGAGAUCAGAAACACUUCCCUACGGGAUGUUCUAGUGGCUGUCACCAACAUGAACCCCAGUGCCCUGCAGCCCAAUGUCUUCUUCUGGCAUAUGGGAGACCCCUGCCCGCAGCCAAGACAACUCAGCACUGAGGGCCUGCCAGCCUGUGGUCCCUCCAUCAUGUGGGACUAUUUUGAAGGCAGUGGAUUUGGCUUUGGAGUCACAAUCGGGACUCUCUGCUGCUUCCCCCUGGUGAGCCUGCUUAGUGCCUGGAUUGUUGCCCGGCUCCGAAGGAGAAAUUUCAAGAGGCUCCAGGGCCAGAACCGCCAGAGCAUCAUGUCUGAGAAGCUCGUGGGGGGCAUGGAAGCAUUGGAAUGGCAGGGCCACAAGGAGCCCUCCCGGCCUGUGCUGGUGCACCUGCAGCCCGAGCAGAUCUGCGUGGUGGAUGGCAGGCUCUCUGUGCUCCGCACCAUCCAGCUGCGGCCCCUGCAGCAGGUCAGCCUCAUCCUGUCCGGCAACCGCAGACGCCGCGCCCUCCUGCUCAAGAUCCCCAAGGAGUAUGACCUGGUGCUGCUAUUUAACCUGGAGGCAGAACGGCAGGUGCUGGUGGAAAACCUUCGGGGGGCCCUGAAGGAGAGCGGGCUGAGGUUCCAGGAGUGGGAGCUGCGGGAGCAGGAGCUGAUGAGGGCGGCUGUGACGCGAGAGCAGAGGAGCCACCUCCUGGAGACCUUUUUCAGGCACCUUUUCUCCCAGGUGCUGGACAUCGACCAGGCAGAUGCAGGGACCCUGCCCCUGGACUCAUCACAGAAGGUACAGGAGGCCCUGACUUGCGAGCUGAGCAGAGCUGAGUUUGCCGAGUCCCUGGGCCUCAAGCCCCAGGACAUGUUUGUGGAGUCCAUGUUCUCCCUGGCUGACAAAGAUGGCAAUGGCUACCUGUCCUUCCGGGAGUUUCUGGACAUCCUUGUGGUCUUCAUGAAAGGCUCUCCUGAGGAGAAGUCUCGCCUUAUGUUCCGCAUGUAUGACUUUGAUGGGAAUGGUCUCAUUUCCAAGGACGAGUUCAUCAGGAUGCUGAGGUCCUUCAUCGAGAUCUCCAACAACUGCCUGUCCAAGGCCCAGCUAACAGAGGUGGUGGAGUCCAUGUUCCGGGAGUCUGGCUUCCAGGAUAAGGAGGAGCUGACGUGGGAGGACUUCCACUUCAUGCUGCGGGACCAUGACAGCGAGCUCCGAUUCACGCAGCUCUGCGUCAAAGGAGUGGAGGUGCCGGAAGUCAUCAAGGACCUCUGCCGGAGAGCCUCCUACAUCAGCCAGGAAAGGAUCUGUCCCUUCCCCAGCGUGAGUGCUCGCUGUCCCCACAGCAGUGCUGAUGUGGAGUGGGCAGCACAGAGACUGCAGUGCCCCAUGGACACAGACCCUCCCCAGGAGACUCGACGGAGGUUUGGCAAGAAGGUAACAUCAUUCCAGCCCCUGCUGUUCACGGAGGCUCACCGGGAGAAGUUUCAACGGGGCCGGCGCCACCAGACCUUGCAGCAGUUCAAGCGCUUCAUCGAGAAUUACCGCCGCCACAUUGGCUGCGUGGCCGUGUUCUACGCCAUCACCGGGGGCCUCUUCCUGGAGCGGGCCUACUACUACGCCUUUGGGGCUCACCAUACGGGCAUCACGGACACCACCCAUGUGGGCAUCAUCCUGUCCCGGGGCACGGCCGCCAGCAUCUCUUUCAUGUUCUCCUACAUCCUGCUCACCAUGUGCCGCAACCUCAUCACCUUCCUGCGAGAGACCUUCCUCAACCGCUACGUGCCCUUCGACGCCGCCGUGGACUUCCAUCGGCUCAUUGCCUCCACGGCCAUCGUCCUCACAGUCUUGCACAGUGCGGGCCAUGUGGUGAAUGUGUACCUGUUCUCCAUCAGCCCACUCAGCGUCCUUUCCUGCCUCUUCCCUGGACUCUUCCAUGACGACGGGUCUGAGUUUCCCCAGAAGUAUUACUGGUGGUUCUUCCAGACUGUGCCAGGCCUCACGGGGGUCCUGCUGCUCCUGGUCCUGGCCAUCAUGUAUGUCUUCGCCUCCCACCACUUCCGGCGCCACAGCUUCCGGGGCUUCUGGCUGACCCACCACCUCUACAUCCUGCUCUACGUGCUGCUCAUCAUCCACGGCAGCUUCGGCCUGAUCCAGCUGCCCCGUUUCCACAUCUUCUUCCUGGUCCCGGCACUAAUCUAUGUGGGGGACAAGCUGGUGAGCCUGAGCCGGAAGAAGGUGGAGAUCAGCGUGGUGAAGGCGGAGCUGCUGCCUUCAGGAGUCACCCACCUGCAGUUUCAGCGGCCCCAAGGCUUUGAGUACAAGUCGGGACAGUGGGUGCAGAUCGCCUGCUUGGCUCUGGGGACCACUGAGUACCACCCGUUCACACUGACUUCUGCACCCCAUGAGGAUACACUCAGCCUGCAUAUCCGGGCAGCAGGCCCCUGGACCACUCGGCUCAGGGAGAUCUACUCACCUCCAACGGGAGAUGGCUGUGCUAAAUACCCGAAGCUCUACCUUGAUGGACCAUUUGGAGAGGGCCACCAGGAGUGGCAUAAGUUUGAGGUGUCAGUGCUGGUGGGAGGGGGCAUUGGGGUCACCCCCUUUGCCUCCAUCCUCAAAGACCUGGUCUUCAAGUCAUCAGUCAGCUGCCAAGUGUUCUGUAAGAAGAUCUACUUCAUCUGGGUGACGCGCACCCAGCGGCAGUUUGAGUGGCUGGCUGACAUCAUCCGGGAGGUGGAGGAGAAUGACCGCCAGGACCUGGUGUCCGUGCACAUCUACAUCACCCAGCUGGCUGAGAAGUUUGACCUCAGGACCACCAUGCUGUACAUCUGUGAGCGGCACUUCCAGAAGGUGCUGAACCGGAGUCUGUUCACGGGCCUGCGCUCCAUCACCCACUUUGGCCGCCCCCCCUUCGAGCCCUUCUUCAAGUCCCUGCAGGAGGUCCACCCGCAGGUCCGGAAGAUUGGGGUGUUUAGCUGUGGCCCGCCUGGCAUGACCAAGAAUGUGGAAAAGGCCUGUCAGCUCAUCAACAAGCAGGAUCGGACUCACUUCUCCCACCAUUAUGAGAACUUCUAG